AUGUCCUACGUCCAUGCUUUCGGAGUUACAUUCUCAGCUUUAGUAAUUGUGACUCGGGUAACUCUGAUGAACCCUCCUGAUGUAGUGUUAGCGGGUAAACCCUCCAACUUUACCUGUGUGACCUCAGCCAGUAAGCCCCAGGCCUGCAUAAUAGCGUACAUACGGAGUUCCGGUAAUGUCCGGGAGCUAGAUCCGCGUGCCUGUAACCAGGACACCAGCUCGGUACAGAUCACAAGCCGGACCCUGACUUUUACAGCCAGUGCGAAGGAGAACGGAGCUGAGCUGUACUGUAACGCCUCCAACAGUGUGACGGAUCCCCCUGUACGCUCACAUGUCUACGCACUCAGUGUACAAUAUCCCCCACAAAAUGGCGUCCACUUGACAGGCUAUGUUAACAACGCAGGCGUGGAAUCUGGAGAAACUUUGACGUUAACUUGUCAGGUGGGAAAGGGGAACCCCCUCCCAACUCUCGCCUGGUCCUCAGGGUGUGAUCAGACAAACAAAGUCCCUGGUAACGAUGGAAGUCAGCAGAUUAGUAUCAGUAUAACAGUCAGACCGUCCCUGAACCAGAAGACGUGUGUGUGUAAGGGGAGUCAGAACGGGUCGUUGUCAAGAUGGACGGAGCAGAAGAGCAUAACAUUCAAUGUAUUGUUCGGACCUGACAGUGCACAGCUCUGGGCAGAUUCCGGACAAUCCGGUAACACAGUCACCGUCACAGAAAACAGCACAGUGACAUUUGCAUGUAACAUGAGUGAGUCCAAUCCCGCUGCCGUCCUAUCCUGGUACAACAACAGCAGUCCUGUAUCAGCAGGAGAGAUAUUAGAAGUGAGCUCGCACCGAGGUUCCAACCACGGAUACCUGACCACACAACAGUAUACAGUGAGGGUUGAUCGAUAUCAGGAUGGUGAUGUCAUCAGAUGUCAGGCUCAGAGACCUGGUAAUGGAGACAGUAAACGUGUAUCAUCCAUCCUCACACUGGAUGUCAAGUACGCUCCAGUAAUAUUUUGUAACGCUAGUCACGUAACAGUGGUCGAGGGUCAGCAGGUGAAGAUCUCCUGUGACGUCAUUUCCAAACUUGAGGUGUCUAUUCUGUGGGUUAAAAAUGGCCGGCCAGUCGACGACGCUCCCAUUAACAACUUCCGUGGUCCAACCAGGCAUGACGUCACAGUGGCCACCAUUGAGUUUGGUCACGCGGAUAAGUCGCUGUCCGGGAUAUAUCGGAUCGAGGCUAGGAAUAGUGUGGGCUCAUUUGGUAUAGAAGUGUCUGUCACAGUGAUAGAUGGCCAGUACAUUCCAAGAAAAAUAAUUGUAAAAUCCUGCUCCAACAACCAAGCUACUCUAUUCUGGGCUUCUGGCGUUGACGAUUCUCUGGUGGAAUACUAUAAGCUGGAGUACAAAGGAAAUGGAGACGGUUGGAAAGAAGAACUCGUUCAAAAUCCGGGAAAGUUCAACCUUGUGGAGACCACCUUGUCUGUUGUAUGGCCUGGAGUGUUCUACCAGUUCAGACUUCAGCCUGUCUCCGACACUGUCUUGCUGGAAUACGCUACAGCCAACUGCACCGUAUUAAGUUCACAGGCAGGCCUCAGUAAAUCCGCCAUGUUAGGUGUGGGGUUUGUGGCUGGUAUCGCUCUCGUGACUCUCGGGGUUGUCAUGGUGACGUGCUGGCUUCUCCGUAGAGGACGAUUAACAUGGCGCAAAGAACUGCAAGAGUCAGACAAGCCGACUGCAGACCAAGACACAAGGUACGAGUACGAAUAA